AUGGCGUCUGCAAUUUGCUGUCGUGUCGUGUUAAUUUGUGAUGGGUGAUUAGCGAUUGGGUUGUUGUCAUUACCUUAUCUGCUAAAUAAUAAUGGUAAAUAGGUGAUUGAACAGCCAAGGUAGACAAAAAAACAGAUUUGAAAAUCAUGGCCUUUACAAUACUGGAUAACCUCAAGGGAUUUGUGACAAGCCGUCCGCCUCUCAUUAUUUUUAUGAUAUGUCUGGCAUCAUUUGCUGUUGUCCUUGUAAUGUUUGCCUACAUAGUCCAAGUAAAUGACAUACCAAAAAAUGACAUAUCUGAGAAUUGGAAUACUUUCCUAGAUAGUUUUUCCAAAAUUGACUUCUGUGUUAAGAGCAACUUGAGUGACUAUGCGAUUGAGUCUCCCACAACUCAGAGAUUAGUGAAGGAAGCAUUGUCACAGACUGUGACAACAUCCACCCUGCAGCCUGAUCCACUAGUCAAUGUGUCUGUGGCAAUGAUAGUUGUCCUGACUCCUACAGCUGAAUUUCUCAAUAUUCCUCGUAACAUCACACACAUUUCCACCACCUUGACAGGAGAGCAGUUAGGCCUGGAAGGUGCUGCAGCUGAACUUGACCUCAAUAUGACCUUCAUGCUAUCUAACCACUGGAACACAUCUCAUUGCGACUUGAAAGGGUGGUGCAAGCCAUUGAAAAUAACAACUUGUAUUAGUUUCCAGGCACCCUUAUCAGUGUUUCCACGCACCAGGAUGCCAACCACGUGCCAGGCAGUAAAUGAUUCAGGAUCAGAGUAUCAUUUGAAGGUUGUUGGAAACACAGAACCGGGUUUUAUGUGGUGUCAUGACAAGCCUGUUUUUCAUGUAGAACACUAUAAGGAUCCUGAUCUGGCAGUCAUGUUGUCAAUGCAUGACAAGUCUGUGAUUAAUCUGCAUCUGCUCCAUACCAGUUACUUCCUCUUCAUGAUGGUCAUCACACUGUUCUGUUACGCCAUCGUCAAGGGCAGGCCGACCAAAUCAAAACUUACUCAGUACAUUCCAGCAGAGAAGGUUCAAAUGACUGCGUGAAGUCUACAUGAAUAAGAUUCAAACUGUGGACUUACUUCAGUACUGGAUCAUGGUGCACUACUACAUCUUGAAAGGCAAACAUGUUGGAGAAAAUAAUGUAGUGCUUUGGUUCUGUGAGACAGUAAAAUGACUUUAGCUAUUCUAGAAACACAUUUAGAACAAUUUCAUUGGUUUGAUGUUUUAAGUUUUGGGAUGCACCUUUGUUGAGCAGUGUGUCAUAUGUAAAUAAUUGAGGUGAAAAUACUCCCACUUAUUUAUAAAAUCAAAUAUUCCAUCUAUGUAUUUGUAAACAUUAUUUCAGGUCAUAUUGCGCAGAUGGGAAAUUUUUUAUGAAUUUCAUUCAGGUGUUCAUACAAAAUGAAAUAAGUGCAUACUGGUUUUUCCUCAUUAAGAUAUGGGACAAUCUGAAGGAGGCUUGUUUUCCCCCAGUGAUAUAUAUUUUAUUUGGAGUUUUCAGUAAUGCUGUGAUGAAAAUGCUGCCAGUAUUCUUAUAAGCAGCUGCUGCAGUGGUUGAUGGAAAUGAAAUUGUGCUAUUAAACAUGCCAAGUAACAGGUUUAAACCAUAUAAAAUAAAAAUGGUAGUUUGCUGGUAGCAAAGUAUGUAAAAUUCCCUAUUCUGCUUGGUCUGUCAUUGUACUUAUUAAUAAUUAGUUAACUGACAACAUAAGACCCUCACUAUCCAUAUGCCAUUUACUGUUUUGUCAAAGCAUUAUUGGUUGGAUAUCUAAACACUGAUCUCACUAGUUCCGUAGUGAAGUUUAUCUAAACUUGUGCAUGUAAUUCCAUUACAUUUCACGAUGGUGCUACUGGUUGAGAUUUUUAAUUAUUACACACGUUGGCUAAAAUACCCAGGGUUAAAUUCGUUUUGAUAAUUGCACAUUGCUUCCAAUCAUGAAUCAGAUAUGACACGUUUUACCAUCUACAGAGAUUUACAGGAAAAGUUUAACGGCUUUAAUAACAGAGCACAAUAAUUAUUUUCUAAUGCAAUCAGUCGUAUUAUGUUCUGUUGUAAACAUUUUGCUGUGAAAAGAACAGUCAUGCCUUGACAUCCUAUUUUGUCAUGUAUUGCAUACAGUUAUGAUGGCUUUUGGAAUUGCUUUAGAUAGUAGACUGAUUUUUAAAUUGGAAAACAGUUAAAAGUCACAAUGGAUGUUAAAGAGAAUAACCCACUCACAAUGACGAGUUAUGUGUUAUCUGUCCUUUGUGAUUGGAUAUUGUAAAAGCAUUAUCAAAGGCUCAGGUUUACCACACUCACUCUGGAUAGAUAAUCCAUAAUUCCUCAUAGCUCAUUAGUUAUCCUCUAAAUCUAUCAUAUUAUAUAUUCAAUAUUUUAUCAUAUGUACUGGCUCGAUGAUUUAUCAAUCAUUAAAUGUACUGCCUCAUUUAUUUAUGUCAUUAUUAGACGAAAUGUUCCAAUGUAAAUAUGUUAUUGGUGUAUACAUGUACAGAUAUAUAUAUAUAUAUAUAUAUAUAUAUAUAUAUAUAUAUAUAUAUAUAUAUAUACAUACAUACAUGUUCAUGUUCAAAGUAAUUAAUAUGGGUAUGAACUUUGUCUUUUUGAAUGGGUUAAUGUGAUGGAAUCCUGUAAACUCUGAAAGUAUGGUUUUCGAUAAAGAUGUCCGGGUUAACAAAUUUAUGUGGUACCAAAUUAUACCUGAGGAGUUUUUUCCCUUGAAUGGCAAACCAAUUUUAAAAAAAAGAAGAAAAAUGCAAAUUUAUAAAAAAUGACAAAAUAUAUUUGUAUUGAUGAAAAAUAAUGCUGCCAUGUACAUCUUAGGAAAACCUUUUUCAACAUGUUGGCAGUCAUUAAUUUACUAUUUCAUAAUCAGCUCAGCUUUCCCAAGUCAUUUGAAUUUGUAAUUUAUUUGUAGACAUUUGCCCUGCAUUUUAAAGGCUGUAGUUUUAUAUUUUCAAUCUCGUGGGUUUAAAAAACCCAAGUUACGUUUUACGAGUGGUUGUUCCACUUAAUUUUGUUAAUUACAUUAUGAAGACAAUGAAAAUGUUAACAAAAUGUCACCUAUAUAGAUCUGUGAACCUAGUCACUCCGAUGAUGAAAGAAAACUGUAAAAUAUACCAAUAAACUGUUCUCUGACAUUUUA